AAUGUCAAAAAUUGUGAACCGUCAUCCAUUGCAACGAGUCGGUAUUUUUUUAUGUUUAAUUUUCUUAAGACAAUAAACUACAAAAAUCGUUAGCAUGUCGGCUAAUAAGGAGGACACAUUACGACAGUUUUGUGACGUGACCGGCGCCGAUGAAACUCGCAGUCGUUUCUUUUUGGAAUCUUCGAAUUGGCAGCUUGACGUGGCGUUAUCUAGUUUCUAUGAGCACGGAGGUAGUGUAGACGAGGCGCCUAUACCUACGGUUGCUCCGUCGUUGCCGACGCUGUCGGACAGCGACAUGGAGUCCCCGCCGACGUCUCCGGUGCGACAGAAGAAGGAGAAAAAGAAGCCCACUGGAAACUUCGCGACGUUAGGGUCGCUCCAGCAGGAGAGCUCCAGCGAUGAAGAUGAAGGGCAAGCAUUCUAUGCCGGCGGGUCAGAAAGGUCUGGCCAACAGAUCAUUGGCCCCGGCAAGAACAGGAAAGACAUAGUCACUGAGAUGUUCAAAAGUGUCAGAGAACGCGGAGCCGUGGUGUUUGAAGACGAGCCAACAACGGCCAGCCGAGGCCAGGGUGGUGUCUUCAGCGGUACUGGCUACAGACUUGGACAGACAUCAGAUGACCACGAGCCAGUGUCGGCGCCGGGCGCGCAGGCGCAAGGGGAAGACAUCCGCGCCGUGCGCCUGCGUCUGUAUAGAGAGGGCUUUACCGUGGACGAGGGCCCUGUGCGCUCCUACACCGACCCGGAGCAUGCAGAGUUCUUAGACAGCAUACGCCGAGGGGAAAUUCCUGCGAGUCUCGGCGGCGCUGGUGCGGUGCGGGUGUCGCUAGAGGACCGGCGCCACGAGCCCGCGCCCGCGGUCAAGUCGCAGGUCUUCGCUGGCAAGGGGCAGAUGCUCGGCAGUCCGACGCCUCCAGUAGUGGGUGCGCCGGCGGCAGUAGGAACACCGGCCGCGGCGGCCGCCGACCGCGACGCCAACACGCGCGCCGCGCAGGCCGCCGUGCAGCUCGACGACACGCAACCCGCCACCUCCAUACAGUUCCGCCUAGCGGACGGCAGCCGCGUGGCGGGCCGCUUCAACCUGUCGCACACCGUGGCCGAGCUGCGGCAGUUCGUGGCGCGCGCCGAGCCCGCCUACCAAGCGCGGCCCUUCCUGCUGCUCACCUCCUACCCCUCCGCCGAGCUGGCCGACUCCACCGCCACCGUGCAGCAGGCUAACCUCGCCAACAGCACGCUGCUGCAGCGGCUCAAGUAAACCCGCUCUACUACGGCCACACUGUGCUCCUCGCGCUGCCCCUCGCAGCUCCCCGCUCCGGCCACACCCUGCUCUACUCGCGACCCUUCCCAUUUCAUAUUGCUGGUCCUUUGACUCGCGCCAAAAAACCGACAAAAUAGGGAGAGCCGACCUCCGUAUUAUGUCGGUUUUAUGACGGAAGCAUGACGAGCGGCAUGACGAGUAACGUGGCCACACUACGUCUGCCUACUUCCCGUGCCACUCGUCGUGUGACUGGAGUAUUUAGUUCUCUACAUACACUUUUGAAAACUUUUGUUUUUGACAAUUUAAUAAGGUAAAUCAUUUAAUCUCAGCAGAUAUGCUUAGCGUGGUGGAAAUAGAUAACGAAUAUUUAACCCUUUUCCGGGCCGCAUCAAUCUACAAGGUUUUCUCAAAAAAUGCAAAUAUAUUCUAACUGGCCAGCAUUGAUUUGAAGACGUCACAUUUUCCAAAAGGUCAAUCUAAUUUGAACCUUAAAUCAGAUUGCUAAGGUUGAAAUUCUAUUGGCGCAUGUGUGGUCGAUAAAUCGUACUAUGCCUGGAAAAGGGUUAUGCCGCAAAUUAUAAUACCAGUCGCCAGAUUUAUCCUACCAAACAAUUUAUUCUAAAUUCAUUUUGCCUAUAGCAUAAGCUGAUAUCAACAAACAACAAACUGUCAUUUUGUAUAAGGUUAUACGUUUUUUUAACAACAUAAAAGUAGGAAAAAGGCUUUUAGGACAAAUGGUUAUGUGAUAACUAUAUAGUACCAAAUACAUGCUACGUACAGAUGUAGUGCAUAAUUUUAUUGUUUUCCAUCGUAUUUUCUCAGAAA